CCGGGAUCCCGCUAUGAAUUUUUCCCUAAACGCUUCAGCAAGAUGGCUUAUAGAAGCUUCGAGAGGCAUUCAAGAUCCCAACAUCCUUCUGGAAAAAUUCUCACAGAACAGAAAAGUAGACGAUCCCACACGAGCCCUGCUCCUCACUUUCUAUGGAAUCCUGGUUGUAAUCGGCGCUGUUGGAAAUGCCCUUGUUGUUAUAUCUGUAGUAAGGAAACCAGUAAUGCGCACAGCAAGGAACAUGUUCAUCGUAAACCUGGCCGUCUCUGAUGCUUUGGUCUGUUGCGUCGGAACACCUUUGACCCUAAUGGAACUUUUGACCAAACAUUGGCCGUUGCCAGAUUGGCCGAGUUUGUGUAAAGCCUGCGGCGCUAUACAGGCCAUAUCAAUAUUUGUCUCCACUAUAUCCAUCACAGCGAUUGCUCUAGACCGAUAUCAGUUAAUCGUGUAUCCAACGAGGCCUGGACUCCAGACGAUGGGAGCACUCGUCACAAUGUUCUGCAUUUGGGUGACAGCCUUCGCGCUGGCAUCCCCUCUGUAUAUAUUUAGAAACCUGAAGACGCAUAAACUAGGCCUUAUAGGAAUGGACUCCUUAAGUUUCUGCAUAGAAGAUUGGCCGAUUACAAAUGGCCGAGCUAUUUACUCGUUGUUUAGUCUCAUAUUUCAAUAUCUACUGCCAGUGUUAGUGGUGAUCAUAGCGCAUGUCCAAAUACACAGAAGGUUACGGGGACGAAGACGCACUACUAGAAAAACGCCAGCCAUAUUAAUAGCUAUAGCAGUCACGUAUGUAAUCAGCUGGCUUCCGCUAAACGUGUUCAACUUAGUAGCUGAUUUCAGCGCUGAACCAUUCAUGGAUGAAAAAACAAUGACGGUGACAUAUGCCGUGUGCCAUAUGUUCGGAAUGUCGAGUGCGGUAUCCAAUCCGUUAUUAUAUGGGUGGCUGAACGACAAUUUCCGAAAAGAGUUCGAGGAGAUAUUGUGUUGCUGCAAGAAGAGGCAACUGCUAAAGGAUACAAGGAUAAAGAAUAGAAAAAUGGACACAGAGCUGACAGCACUGGCGCAGCUGGAACACACUGUCACGGCCAACACGAAGACGUCACAGUGCUCGCAGAUUUUCUGACUAAAGGCGUGCUUCAAAUAGCAUGAGCCUGUUAGUGUUGAGAUGCAAAGCAUCUGAACCUUAUAAAAGACUUGUUUUGUGUAACGGUGUAAAAAGUUCCUUUGUUCAUUUUAAACGUAGUGUGUACUUGAUGUUAAUAUGUAAAUAGUUUUUUGGUUAAGUGAAUAAUAUUGUACUGUACGUUUUAAUGAGCCCAAAACGUAGAGUAUUCAAAUAUUAUGACGUUGAACUUCAUUCGAUAUGAUGUAAUAUAAGAUUUUUUAGUAAUAAAGUAUCUGAGAAAUAAU